AUGCGCCCAACUCACACAAUCCCCGACCAGUCCGUCGUCGAGUUUGCUCGAAAGCACAUGGGUACUUCAGACGUUCGCAUUGACCCAAAACUCAACCAACAGCUCUGGAGCCGUGGCGUCAAGAGCGUCCCCCAUCGCAUGCGUCUCAAGCUUGAGCGAAAGCGAAAUGACGACGAGGGUGCAAAAGAAAAGCUGUACACUUAUGCCUCGUACGUCCCGGUCGAGUCGUUCAAGGGUCUGCAAACAACCGUCGUCGACGCCGAGUAG